CAUUAAUAAUAUAGUUUUCGUGGGCAUUUAGAAAUUGUGGGUUAUUUCUGUGCUGGGUAAGGCCAGGAAAGAAUUGUUAGGGUUUUGAGUUUGGUUGAGCAGAAAAUUUGAAGGCGUAGAUCAGCCUCUCUGCUACCAACAUCACCAUGAAAUGCCCAAGGCGUAGAUCAGCCUCUGUGCUACCAACAUCACCAUGAAAUGCCCACUCCCAAUCUUGAAACAGGUAACCUCUACUACCCACUUCUUUUAUUUGUUUUCAUUCUCUCUACGCCCUCUGUCUUUCUCUGCAAACAACCACAAACCCUCACAUACUGACAAGUCUUUACCAGACAUAUCUCCUACCUUUAAUGUUGUACAAUUCACUAAAUCUAUUCAGGCUCUCUGUAAAUCGGGGAACACAAACAAGGCGUGGGAUUUCUUCCACUCAGCCAUUGCUAAACGCCUUCCUCUCACUCUUGUAACCUUCAAUGUGCUUUUAGAUGGUCUUAGGAAUGACGCCGACCGCCGUAGAAUUUACUCUCUCCUCGUUGAAAUGGAAGAGAUGGGCAUCCCUCAAGAUGUUUAUACUUACAACACCCUCAUAAAGACUGUGUGUGGAUGGGGUAAAAUUGAGGAAGCACACGAGCUCUUGCACGAAAUGAGGAAUAACCAUUGUUUUCCUGAUAUUGUUACCUACAACACCUUAAUUGACGCUCUCAGCAAGAAAGGUAGGGUAGAUGAAGCUUUAGUAUUGGUGGCUCAAGUGAUACAAGAUGGUAUUUUUCCAGAUACUGUUUCAUACAAUGCCUUAAUUUAUGGUCUUUGCAAGGUGGAUAGGGAAGAUGAAGCUCUCGGCUUAUUAAUUGGAAUGAGACGUUCUCAUUGUACUCCAAAUAUUAUUACAUAUAACAGCCUGAUUGAUAGUUUCUUCAAAGUAGAAAGAGUAAAUGAAGCUCUAGCAUUAGUAUGCAAAAUGAUACAAAAUGGCUAUUUCCCUGACACCUACACUUGUAGCUGCUUGAUAGAUGGCUUUUUCAAGGCUGGAAAAACAGAGGAAGCUUAUAAUGUGUUUGUACAAAUGAUAGUGUUUGGUCCUUUUCCCAAUCAAGUGACAUUCAAUGCAGUUAUUAAUGGGUUAAACAAAGAUGGCAAGAUUGACAAGGCGUGGGAUUGUUUUCAAAACAUGUCGAGAAAGGGUUUACAACCAAAUGUUGUUACAUACAAUUCUUUGAUUGCUGGUUUCUGUCAGAGUAACAGGGUAAGGGAGGCAUUCACUCUUUUUUCUCAAAUGGAAGACAGGGGAUGUCUUCCUAAUGUGGUAACAUAUAGCAUUCUGAUAUGUGCAUUCUGUAGAACAGGACACAUGAGCAUGGCAUAUCAAAUGUUAGAAAAAAUGAAAAUGAAAGGUUUGAAAUCUAAUAAUGUGACAUGCAACAUAAUCAUUGAUGGUUUGUGUAAAGCAGGUGAUCUUGUUAGCGCACAUCUCCUAAUUAAUAAUAUACUUGAUGAAGGCAUGGUCCCUGAUGUAAAGGCUUACAACUCUUUGAUUAAUGGUCAUUGUAAAAUUGGUGAAAUUGAUGAGGCUUUAAAGCUUUUUAAAAGUAUGGAAAUGGUCGGCAUUGCUCCAGAUGUUGUAACCUAUAACAUGCUAAUUGUCACGUUAUGCAAAGAAGACAAACUUGAUGCUGCUUUAUCAAUGAUAGAUGAAAUGAGAGCAAAAGGUUUGGUUCCAAAUGAGGUCACAUACAGCACAUUAUUCAAGGGUGCUCGCAAAAGAUGUGACAGGGAAAAAAUCUUUCUUUAAUGGAUCAAAUGCAAAAGCAAGGCUGUGCUCCAAGGGAUAAGACUGUUGGCUGAUUGAUGUUGGUCAAAUAGAAAAAUUAAAAGACUUUGCAAAUAACAAAGCUUUUAUUAUUUCUAAGCGAUCAUAAUUCUGAUACCUUGAGCGUGGCAGGUUGUUGAAGUCACUCCUCUAUAUUUCUUUUCUCAUUGUAUGAAGUUGCGUCCUCAAUUUGAGGGUCUUUCUAUAAUAGAUAUAACUUACUUUGAUUCGAA